AUGGGCAAAGAAAACAUACUUAUUAAUAUUGUUAUUAUGGGACAUGUUGAUUCCGGUAAAUCAACAUUAUCUGGUCAUUUAGUCUACAAAUGUGGCGUUAUCGAUAAGCAAACGAUCGAAAAGUUUGAAAAAGAAGCUUCCGAAAUGGGUAUGGGUUCAUUUAAAUAUGCUUGGAUUAUGAAUAAAAUGAAACCUUCACGAGAACGUGGUAUUUCUAUUGAUACAUCGCUUUGUAAAUUCGAAACAAAUGAAUAUAAUGUUACUGUCAUCGAUGCAUCAGGUUAUCGAGAUUAUAUCAAAAAUAUGAUUACAGGUAUUUCACAAGCUGAUUGUGCAGUAUUAGUUGUAUCAGCUAGUGUAGGUGAAUUCGAGGCUGGUUUUAGCAAAUACGAUCAAACACGGGAACAUGCUCUUCUUGCAUAUACAUUAGGGGCAAAACAAAUGAUUGUCAUUCUAAAUAAAAUGGAUACAACAGAACCACAAUUUUCUGAAGAAUGUUUUAAUGAAAUCAAAAGUGAAGUAUCAACAUAUAUUAAAAAAAUUGGUUAUCAACCUGAAACUGUACCUUUUAUUCUUAUCUCGGCAUGGUAUGGUGAUAAUAUAAUUACAGCAUCAGAAAAUAUGUCUUGGUAUAAAGGUUGGUCCAUUGUUCGUAAAGAAGGUAAUGCUACAGGCAAGACUUUACUUGAAGCUUUGGACGCUAUUAUUCCUCCACAACGUCCUACAGAUACACCACUUCGAUUAUCAAUUCAAGAUGUGUACAAAAUUGGCGAUAUCGAUACAGUACUUGUUGGUCGAGUUGAAACGGGUAUACUCAAACCCAGUAUGGCUGUGAAUUUUGCUCCAUCGAAUUUAACAGCAGUAGUUCGAUCCAUUGAAAUGGAUCAUACUGAACUUGAAGAUAUAUACUAUCUCAAUCUAUUCACAUAUAUUUAUUAUUUUCUUUUAUUUGUAGAAGCUCUACCCGGUUGUAAUGUUAGUUUCAAUGUUCAAGGUGUUAGUGCUAAAGAUCUUCGACGUGGUUUCGUUUGUUCUGAUUCAAAAAAUGAUCCAUCACAAGGAGCUUUAAGUUUUACAGCUCAAGUUUUUGUACUUAAUCAUCCUAGUCAAAUUAGACAAGGCUAUACACCAGUACUUGAUUGUCAUACAUCUCAUAUUGCCUGUAAAUUUGCUGAAUUGAUCUCAAAGAUUGAUCGCCGAUCGGGUCAAGUUCUCGAAGAAGCUCCAAAAUGCCUUAAAUCAGGUGAAUCUGGUAUAGUUAAAUUAAUUCCAACAAAACCAAUGCGUGUUGAAAAAUAUGUUGAUUAUCCACCAUUGGUUCAUUUUAUUGUUCGAGAUAUGUGUCAAACUGUAGCUGUUGGUGUUAUUAAAGAUGUUGAAAAGAAAACAUCUUCAUUUGACAAAAUCGUUAAAAUGACUAAUUCUAUUGCUAUGCAAAAAGACAAGAAAUAG